AUGUCGGUGAACCCCCCCAACAGCAACGACGCGUUGAGCAUCGUGCACAGCCUGAUGUGCCACCGGCAGGGCGGCGAGAACGAGGGCUCGCCAAGCGCGCCAUCGAGAGCCUGUGGUCAAGAAGCUAAAGGAAAAAGGACGAGCUUGGACUCGCUCAUCACCGCCAUCACCACCAAUGGCGUUCACCGCAAGUGCGUCACCAUCCAGAGGACGCUCGAUGGACGGCUGCAGGUGGCCGGGGCGUAAAGGCUUCCCCAUGUCAUCUACGCCCGCCUGUGGCGUUGGCCCGACCUGCACAAGAACGAGCUCAAGCACGUCAAAUUCUGCCAAUACCGCUUCGACCUGAAGUACGACAACGUGUGCGUCAACCCCUACCACUAUGAGAGAGUAGUGUCCCCGGGCAUCGUGGGCCUGAGUCUCCAGAACCCAGGUGAGCAGGCCAUCAAAGAGGAGUACAUCCACGACUGCAUUCAGAUGGACACAACGUCGGGGAUGCCCCAGCCCGACCACCCCGGGUCCAUGAAGAUGCCCCCUCCCGACCACUACGGCCACCCUGCCCCCUCUGCAGUUGCCCCCGAGCCCUCGCGCGCCCCGCCUAUCACCCUCUACCCCAACAUGCCCCUCUCCCCCACCGCUCCCGGGCCUAUGAUGACCAUGUCAGGGGGGCACGGAGGUGAUGGUCUCCUACAGAUCGCCUCGCCUCAGGGUCAGGUGCUGAACCCCACCCCGCCCCCCUCCACCCCCACACACGGAGCCCCCCAACCUCCCCCCAUCGCCUCCCAGCCUCCUCCACCCAACCAGAACGGCUACAGCACCCCCAAACACACGCAGCCGCAAGGCGCCUUCCACACUACAUGGACAGGCAGCAGCACGGCCUCCUAUACCCCCGUAGGACCCCAGCAGAAUGGGCGCUCUCACCAGCCUCCUCUCCACCACCCAUCCCACUUCUGGUCUCAGCACCACGCUGCUCCGAGUUUCCCUCCUCCUGUCUCCAAUCAUCCAGGGCCAGAGUUCUGGUGUUCCAUCUCCUACUUUGAGAUGGACGUUCAGGUUGGCGAGAUGUUUAAAGUGCUGUCCAGUUGUCCAGUGGUGACGGUGGACGGCUACGUGGAUCCUUCAGGAGGAGACCGCUUCUGCUUGGGUCAACUGAGCAACGUGCACCGCACUGAAGCCAGCGAGAGGGCCAGGCUCCACAUCGGGAAGGGGGUGCAGCUGGAAUGCCGGGGGGAGGGGGACGUGUGGAUGCGGUGCAUGAGUGACCACGCAGUCUUCGUCCAGAGCUACUACCUGGACAGAGAGGCGGGGAGAGCGCCAGGAGACGCCGUGCACAAGAUCUACCCAGGAGCCUACAUCAAGGUGUUUGACCUGAGGCAGUGCCAUCGUCAGAUGCAGCAGCAGGCGGCCACGGCUCAGGCGGCAGCAGCAGCUCAGGCAGCAGCAGUAGCAGGGAACAUCCCUGGACCCGGAUCAGUGGGAGGCAUUGCUCCUGCAGUCAGUCUCUCUGCAGCGGCUGGGAUCGGUGUGGACGACUUGAGGCGGCUAUGCAUCCUGCGGCUGAGUUUCGUGAAGGGCUGGGGGCCUGACUACCCGCGGCAGAGUAUAAAGCACACCCCCUGCUGGGUGGAGGUCCACCUGCACCGGGCGCUGCAGCUGCUGGACGAGGUGCUCCACACGAUGCCCCUGGCCGACCCUGGGCCAGCCAACUGAGCCCCUACACACCUGCACUAGCAUGCUCCUGGUGGAUACACUCACACACACAGACACACAAACAUACAUACACACACACACACACAGAGACAGACAGAAACAAAUACACACACACACCAACAAACAAAUGCACACACGUACAUGUAAGCUCACCUUCUGGGCCAAAUCAAGACAAGUAUGCCAGUGUUGAAAUUGCACCUGUUUUUUUUUUUUUUUUUUUUCUUCAGUAGCAUACUGAACAUGCAAAGGUUUAUAAAACCAAAUGAUCACCACAGCCAUUGAACAGCAAUUAAUUAAUGUACGGAGGGAGGUUUUGCUUCGGUUUAGAUUUCUGCUGGUAUCCAUCUUGCACUGGUGCAAAAGGCCUGAUACGUCUGGCGCACCACCUCAGAAACCAAAAGCAUCCACACGCAUGCAAGUUAAACCGUCUGCACUAGAUCACUAUCACAUACCAAACACUGUGUGCAACUCACCACACAAAAAUCAUGUCAAUUAGUGAGGCUUCAGGUAGUUGCUGACUCUGAACUUGGUCUGGAUCUGAUCUGGAUCUGGUCUGGAAUCUGGUCUCCAUCCAGAGUAAUCCAUUAUCUGGCUUUGCACACUUUCUCGUCAUGACCUCAAACAGCAAAGUGUGUGUGGAUCCCUGAAAUAUGUUUUAGAAAAGAUUUCACUAUAAAUGCAAACCACAUCGAGACUUUUAUUAGGAAAGUUCUUCUGUUCUUCUAGUCUAGAUCUAGUCUUAUUUUUUCUCUUCCGGUCUUUCUCAUUCAACGUGUCUUUCUUUGCACUGUAACAUAUGUAGCUGCAGUUCAGUGAACAUGUGCACAGGGUCUACAGAUCAGUUCAGGGAUAUAGCUUUAUUGUAAAUAGAACUUCGUAGCUUUGCACAGCAUUGUACAACAAGCGUAAUACGGGAAGGAGAAACUUUAUCAAUCAAACAUACAUUUUUUUGGAACACUUGAUGAAAAUCUAGACUAGAAAUGUAUUUAAGGGAUCCAUUAUUUAUCAAGCACUUCGGUACAGCCAUUCAUGCUUUCCCACACAUGCACACACAUGCACACACAUACACAAACAUACACAAACAUACACAAACACCUAACCCCAGGUCCAACAAACACACCUACAUACAUACACACACAAGGGAUUUUUUCUUAUCCAAACGUUUGAAAGAUCCAUUUCCCGAGGGGAAACUAUCAACCAGAUGCAGGAUUCUAUUCCCAAAAACCGUACACGUUUCUUACUUCUGUCUAAACACAUUCCAGUCCCACUGGAAUGUUCUGGAACUUUCAGAAUUUGUCAUAGAACCUCGGGGCCAGUGAGAGAAUUCUAGAAAAUUCUAAGCCUCUCAAGACAGGAAAAAAAGAGAAAAGUUAGACAUUGGCAUUGCCACCCCCUACCCAAGUGCUUGUUUCCUCUGUGCUUAACCCUUUUGUGUAACCUUGUCACACAACCUCGUAUCUGUGUGGUAGCCUUGCUACCUAGCUAGCCAUAUUCACAAAGUCAUGCAAGGCAUCAGCUGACCAAACGUAUUUAUUUUCAUACCAAAAAAAAACGAUAGAAAUACAAACAAGACAAGAUUAAUACAAAUGUACUAAGAUGUUCAGCUUUAAGAAUACAUUGUGACAUUGGUGUACGGUGUCUGGUGAAUAAUACGUUCAGUGUAUAUAACCAAAUCCUGUUUUGCCAUGCGGUGUGAUGACACUCACCAAAGCCAGAUUACCUCAUGACUGCCCAACAUGAACUCAGUGUUUAAAACUGUUGUUUUUCUUUUUCUAUCUUUCUUCCUAAGCCAAAUCCACUCUACCUUGCAGCUCUCAUAAGAUAUCUUCACACUUUGUGGCAAUCAAAUCUAAAUCUCUACCCCACAACCACCACCCAGACCAGCAAAGAAAUAGUGAAAAAAAGUUCCAUAGAUUUCAGUGCAUUGUAAACAAUGUUCACUUGUCUAUGUACACUUUGUUGUUUAACGUAACCAUGGUGACUAAAACCAGUAUCCUGCACUAAAACCCAGUGUGAGCUGGCACCGGUUCUGAGAUCCCGAUACAUGAUGAAUAGUGUCGUCUUAGCUGAAGUGACAGUCUACACACGGUCAUCACUGAGUGUGCUGAAGGAGAGAGUUUUUGUUGUUGUUGUUGUUGUUGCUGUUUUAUUUAGUUUCGUUGUUGUUUCUCGGUGAGAUUAGAGUAAAGUAAAGGACCUGUGUGCCUUCUCUGAGACACGUAAGCUCACGUCAGUACCAGUCGGAACCCGUGGGCAAGAACUUUCAGCUUUAAAGAACUAGAACUGUGGUGCCAGAACUUUCAGCUUUAAAAGAACUGGAACUGUGGUGCCAGAACUUUCAGCUUUAAAAGAACUGGAACUGUGGUGCCAGAACUUUCAGCUUUAAAAGAACUGGAACUGUGGUGCCAGAACUUUCAGCUUUAAAAGAACUGGAACUGUGGUGUGUCUGUUUGCCGCUGGCUGAGUAGAAACGUACUGAACCAGCAUGUAUGGGUAGAUGGUGCCCAUACUGGGGUAAAGCCUUGUAAUGAGUUAUCCUGCAGUCUUUGCUAUUGAACCUCUUAGCAGCUUUCCCCCAUCGCUGGCCACACAUUAAAAAAAAAACAUGAGUAGAGUGAUACUUUCUUAUGUGUAGAAUUUCACUAGAUUCACAACAUGUGUUUAAUACUUGUCUUAUAAGACAGAUGCUCACUACAUUUCAGUUUUGUUUUUACAGGAGUUUUUAGCUUGCUGAUGUAGGUGUUGGGGGGGGGGGGGGUUGGAGGAACAGUGGCUUUCCUUUUGUUACAGUAUGACAGUCGUCUAACCACUCCAAACCUCUGCUGAUGUCUUUUUUGUGUACUUAUCCACUGCCAGUAUGUCUGCAGUCAAAGGUCAAAGGUGGUGGAAGAGUUGGGUACGUGUAGUAUCCAAUGGCGGCUCUAAUCACAGCGAGGGGGUGACACUUCACUUGAACCGGGCUUCAUAAGACUAACAUAACCAUGUCAUAAUCUUGUCAUGGCAGAUGUCAUAUUUGGUCAUAAAUAGUUAUAACAAUCGGUGUCCAGUGAUGAAACACUAUCAUAUCAGCAUAAUCGGUGAUUGUCAUGACUGUGAUGCUAUGAUCAACUUAAUGGCGUAACGGUAACUGUAACAGUAACAUAACAUUGUCAAAUCAUUGGACAUCACCUGUCAUGAUGAUGUGUGACCUUACCCAUAAGAAAAGAAAAGUCUCAAAAAGAGAUCUCCUAAUUAUCUCCAAGACAACAAUGUGAUUAAACGUGAGAUUUAGGCUUCCUAGGUUUCUAUAUGUAUCAAAUUUCACCAAUGGUGUUAAAGGAGAGAUCUCAGCAAGGGCACAAUGCUCAUCAUGAGAGUGUUUAUUAAAUGUUUAUUAUUAUUAUUAUUAUUAAUAAUAAUAAUAAUAAUAAUAAUAAUAAUAAUAGAGUUUAGACAUCUCAAUCUCAAUAUCACCUCCUCCCUUUCUCUCUCAAGACAUCCUUGGUGUUCGGGGGUGAGGCAAAGAUUUCCACAAUAAAGUGCAUUUAACUAGCCUAUGACAAGAAGACUGUCAUAGUGCAUUUAACUAGCCUAUGACAAGAAGACUGUUCAGAGCUGCUGUGGAAAAGGGUAGCUAGGAGAUAUUUUUUGUCAAUUAUGAAGGAAUUUUACAGUAAAGUGCCUCAUCUCAUUUCUGUGUCAAAACUGUUUCUCUCAAGGAAUCUUAGGAGAAAUAUCUGUGAUUAAAUUGAUACAUAAUUGAAACAACAAUGAGAUCACAUUUAGGUCUCCUGUGGGCUCCUGUAACCUGUUUGGUUAUGGUUCGGUUAGGGUUAUGUCGGUCUUAUGAAGCCUUAUGUCAGUCAGUCUUAUGAAGCCUUAUGUCAGGCUUAUGAAGCCGGGUUCAAGUCAAGUGUUGCUGGCGAGAGUAAGAAGUGUUGUCGUGACUUCACGACUCUCUUUCGCACAUCACUGUUUCCUGUUUCUGGUGUGUGCCUUCAUUGUCGCAUCAUUCCAGAUCGAUUAGGUGUAGUGUUGUGAUAUCAGGCCCAGUUGUGGAGAAUACAAUAUAUUUGGAUAGGCACUUUAGUUCAUUUUGAUGAUUUCAUUCAUCUGUAGAACUGGUAGAAGUUCUUUCCAUUUUAUAUUUAAAAAAAACAUUCACUUAUGAUAUGUAAAAUGUUGUAUAGCAGUACAAUCAUGAACUUUUAGAAAAUAAACUGUCAGUUAAUAUUCUGAAAUAGACCUAAACUGGUAACUAGAUGUUCUAAGGUACUGUAAACCUGCUAUUGUGAGCUUAGAAUUAUUUGCAGUGCUUUGAGGGGGAGUCGGGUACCCGCUGUUUUGUGAAAAUAAUCGUUAAAAAUAAGUUUGCUUGCCCAUCUUUUUAGAAAAAAUACUGUAGGUUUCAUUUUGCCUUAAAAACUGACGAAAUGCAUAUUUGUCGCCAGUGUCGCUGUUGAAAGAAAAAGAAAUAGGUAAAUAAGUUACCUCGCUACCUAGUAUGAUAAUAAAUCUGCACGACCUUCCCUUUUCACUUUCUCUUUCCUUUUCUGAUGUUUCAUCGUAAGUGAACCCAGGGAUCAAGUGUUCAUACUGCAAUGACAUUUCGCUGUGAUGACAAUGUUCCAUAAUGCCCACCACUCUCUAAGCUUCAGCUGUCUCUCCUCAUGUGAUUUUAUUGUUGACCUAAAGUAACCUCUUUGUGCAAGUUUAUUAUAAUUCUUAUGGAAAACAAAAUAUGCCAAUAAACAGACAAUCGCUCCAAUUGGAAAACCUUGCAGCAUUCCGUGUUAAAAUAGCAAUUUCUUACAACAAUAGUAUUUAAACAUUGUUAUCCAGUGUGGAAAGACAAAUGAUAAAUUUGGCUAUUUUAUUGAUAUUGUUAAUUCAAUUAUUGUUGUAAUUAUAAUUAUUUUAUUGUAUAGGGAAGUGCUGAUCCUGUAAUGUUGACUGUACACCAAAGUAAAACAUUUUGAUACAAAA